AUGAUGCAGAAGUCUGAGUGGGAUGUCGGGAACCCGGAAGGAGUUGGCCACUCAUCCAUGAAAACCCCUCUGUCGCACCCGAACCUUAUGUCUCCAGCUGUGGCUGCAGGUUUUGGGAGAGCUCGUGAUACAAAAGGAAGAGAUUAUCGAAGCCAUCCAGUGAGGGCAGACUUUCAUCUUGUGGGCAAGAAGCUUUUACCUGCAAAACAGAAGAAAUCACAUGUACUACCGGACAAUAUCUUCUCUGUGGACGGCGACCCGGCUCUCUUUAACACGAUAAAGCCUGUGCUGCAGACCACAAGCUGUCAUCACUGUGGUUUGCAUGGGUCACGGAGGUGUUCCCAGUGCCGGCAGACAUGCUAUUGCUCAGUGGAGUGUCAGAGAAAAGACUGGGCUUCUCAUUCGGUCAUAUGCAAGCCGACCAGUGUGAAAAACGAAACCAGCUGCCGAGUUCCUAUUGAAGCUGCUGAAAAGAAAGCAAGUCCUUUGGUUGAACCCGCUGUUAGUGAUCUCUCAAAGCGUCAGGAAACCGAAAAGAAAAUAUUUUUAUGCGAUUUACAAGAGUCGGGAAUAAGGAAAGGGACAGAGAUUCAGGGCUUUGUUGUGGAAUUCUCGAACCCAAGUUAUUUCUUUAUACAUUCGUAUAUCGAGAAAUCAGUGAAGUCUUUGUUCAAGUUGACAACCACACUACAGGAGAUAUACUCAAAACCUGAGAACCUAAAGAAGGGAUAUACCCCUGUCAUAGGGGAAAUCUGUGUGGCCAGAUAUUCCCAAGACCAGCGGUGGUACAGGGUGCUGGUGCAGAACGUUGAUGCCGCCACGAGAAAAGCGCAUGUCCUGUACAUCGACUUCGGGAAUCAGGAGGCGCUGACGCUCGACAACUUGCAAAAAAUGCAUCAAGACCUGGAGCUGCUUUCACCGCUCGCGAUGAAGUGUUUCUUGGUCUCCGUCACUCCCCCUCCGGGCGGGUGGUCCCCAGUAUGCAUCGCAGAAUCCCGGAAACUGAUGGAUCAGCAGAAAGUUUCCGUUGGCAUUGUUGAGGUGCUGCGUGAAGAGGUGCCCUGUUACGCCGUGGAUGUAUGUGUGCAAGCCUCAGGGAUACACGUGGCCAAACUACUUCUGGAGAAAGGAUUUGCUUCCGCUCAUGACGGAGGACGUAUCUUAAAAGAAAAGAACUCUGAGAUUGGUCCUUUACCAGUAAUGGCCAUUGACAAGGCAGCAAGAAAAGAGGAGCUGUCUGAUGCUCCCGAAUCUCUGCCACGGAUCCACGUCUUAAGCGGGACUGCGGUUUCUGUAGGUGACAUUUUCAGUGCUGUCAUCACAGAAAUUAAACACCCCGAGGAAUUUUAUUGCCAGCAACUACAGAACGCAGAGGAACUUUCCAAGCUGAUGGAGUCGAUGAGUAAACAUUUUGCCGCAGUGCCGCACGUUCCCAGCUUCACGCCUGCUGUUGGCCAGGUCUGCAGCGCCCAGUGUGCAGAGGACAGGUGCUGGUAUCGAGCUAAAAUCCUGGAGAAGAGGUCACAGGAGGCUUUACUGGUCGAGUACAUUGAUUUUGGAAACGUGGAAGUGUUGCCCCUAUCGAGCCUACGACCCAUUCAGAGCAAUAUGUUGAAAUUGCCGUCACAAGCCAUAAAGUGCAGCUUGGCAGGUGUAAAGCCGCGAUUUAAGAGAUGGACUGGAGAAACGUAUGCUGCGACAGCGUCUUUGGUGGCCAACGACGUUGUGACAGUUGUAGUGGUCGGGCAGACGAAAACAUCUUUCGUAGUGGAAGUGGCUGACAGGCACCCGACUGGCAGGGCACGCAAAACAGAGACCAGCCACGCUACACCUAGCGGCAAAGGGCAAAGUUGCGGGGUGAAAGCGACAGGAGAAAAGUGGGGGAAUAAAGCCCCGCAGAUCUUGGUUGUGGGGACAAAGCUACAGGCAAAAGCUGUUAGUACGAGCGAGGAUGGCUACUCUGUCGAAAGCGAGAGCUCCAGGCUGGCUACUCUGUCGAAGCGAGAGCUCCAGGCUGAAUCUUGCAUCCCUUGCCAGUGGAAAUCUGUAGAAGUGCCACUUAAUGAGCCCAUAGAAUCGCGCGUGCUGAGCGUGAUCAGUCCCGACCUGUUCUACGCCUUUCCAAAAGAAAACAGAGUUGACAUACAGAAGUUGACGCAGGUGAUGGUGGGUAUUGCCGUGUAUUGCAAAGCGGAGAAGACAAAGUUGAGCUACAGACCGUCAGUGGGGGAUAUGUGCUGUGCCAAAUAUACAGAUGAUGGCUACUGGUACCGAGCGAUCGUGUUGGACACCUCUUUGUCUACUGCUAAAGUUGCUUAUGCGGACUAUGGGAACACCGAGGAUCUGCCCUUCUCGUCCCUUCUCCCCAUUACCGAGAAUUUCCUGGACCCCCCUGUACCGAUUGUAAAAUGUGCUCUGGCAGGGUUAACACCGCUCUCAGAGGAGUGGUCACCGGCAGCUACCCAACUGCUAAGAUUGCUAGUUCAGGAGCAGAACAUCAUCUUCACUGCACUGUCCGUGAACGCGGGAAUCUAUUCUGUGUCUGUGGAAAAGCGUCAGGACACCGGCGUGGUAAAUGUGGCUGAAAAGCUUGUCGGUGACGGCUUGGCCCGCGACUCGCGCUCUACAGGAGGUCACUGUAAAGGUAAAGAUGGAUGCUGUUGUUGUUCACAAGACCUGCUCAAGAGGGUGAAAAAGUUGGAGGAAACACUUCGCCUUUUACUUAAUGUGGAACACGUUUAAUGAUCACAGGGUGACGAUCUGUUUCCUAAAGCUCCAGAGAUCCCGGGGGUUCACCAGGAGCGAGUUGCCGGAGUCCUUGUAGUAGUUCUAGACUGCAGCGGACUGCAUCCGAAAUCAGAGUUCUAGUGAUGUCAAGCGGGGGUGGGAGAUGAAGAGAAUCUCUCUGAGCAGAAUGUUAUGAUUGUAUUCACAGUUCAGUAAUGUCAGGAUAGGAGUAAUAUACUCCGAGGUGGUGUGUAAAUCCUCAUAUUUAUUUGCAGCGAGUUUAGAAAUGUUUAGUGUUUUAAUUAACCAAUCUGAGGACUUUCUGUUUAAAAAAAAAAAAAAAAAAAG